UCGAGCGAGCAAAUAUUCGUUCUUCUACUUCAACGAAAUUCGAGCGCAAAUAAGCUCUAACACGACUAUUCGUGUUAUUUGUAAGAUUGAAAUUUUAAUAUGAACGAAUGCUCUAACUAUAAGAAUAUUUUGUGAUUCAAAUCGGCAUAAUUUACAUCAUAAUACUUUAAUGUGAUUCAAUUCGAGACGAUAAGGUUUGACUCAAUACAAUUCAAUUCAACACGACGCAAUUUGAUUCAAUGCGAUCAAAACGAUUGAAUACAAUAUUACAUUGAGUGUGUAACACAUACACACCAACACACGUGAGGGGAAUUGACGCAUUCGAAUUUCAAAUCCAUGUUGAAAGUUAUCCGAAUUAUUCAAAUAUUCGACUAUUUGAAUUUUUACAAUACUAAUUUAGAUGCUUAAUUAAACGAUCAAACCGAUUAAUUGACGUUCUCAAGCUGUUGGUGUAAUCAUUUGGCUGACCACUGUUCGAUGAUUGUUUCAACGAGCACGAAUGUUCUUGCUCUUGCUCUACGUUUUUGCUCGUUUAGUCUAAACGCCCCCUAACCGAAGUAUACGCAAAGGUGGGUCGGUCACCUGGAGAUAACUGUAAAAUGUCAUCAACGAAUGUAUGUCAGGCAUGGAUUUGACGCUGUUCGGUGAUAGUCUUGGGAUCUGCUGUCAGCUUGCAGAUAAUCCAGUUAAAAUGGAGGGACCAGAAGUAACAUUUUUAUUUCAGUUUGGUUUAAUUCGUGAUACUGUUACAGUUGAUAGCAGUAUAUUAACUCUUAAAACUUUGAAAGAAUUUGCUUGUGACUUUAUAAACAGUAAAUGUCCAGAGCAUGGUUUAAAUCAUUUAUUUGAACGAUUGCUUUUGUUUAAGCAUGAUUAUAAUUCUACUAAUAUUUUGCAACUUAUUACAAAUGCAACAGAAGUCAUUGAUGAAACAUUAGUGGAGAUUGUUCUAACUGCACAAGUGCCAAAUGAAGAAGUUCCCAUUCGUCCUCAUGCUUUAACUGUUCAUUCAUAUAAAGUUCCAACAUUUUGUGAUUUUUGUGGAGAAAUGUUGUUUGGUCUUGUUCGACAAGGUCUAAAAUGUGAAGGUUGUGGAAUGAAUUAUCAUAAAAGAUGCGUUAUUAAAGUACCCAAUAAUUGCUCACAUGAUGUCAGCCAGAGAAGACGUAGUUCAACAAUGCUGAAUGUACCAAGAUCUCCAAGUCAAGGAUCAACUAGUAGUUUGACCAGCAUUAGUGAUGAUAAUCAUAGUACAAAUAAUACACCUAAUGCAAGUCAAAAUAAUAGUACUUUGACAAUACCAAGCAUAGUAGCUCCCAAACAAUCUCGCUCUCCUUCACUGGGUGGAAGGCCAGUUUGGGUAGAGCGAGAACUUGCAACACGUAUAAAAAUUCCACAUACAUUUGUAAUACAUACUUAUACCAGGCCAACCGUUUGUGGAUAUUGUAAAAAAUUAUUACGAGGUUUAUUUAAGCAAGGCCUACAAUGUAAAGAUUGUCAGUAUAAUGCACAUAAGAAAUGUAUUGAGAAAAUACCUAAAGACUGUACUGGAGAAAAUCCAAGAGACAAUACAGGUAAUGAAUAUCCUGAUAGUGGUGUUGGUAGUGAACCAGAAGGGAAAUGUGAUGGUAGAAAUGAAGAAGGUGAUGGUGAUAGCGAUAUUGAAUCUCCAUCACCACCUCAACAUUCAUCAUUUGCAACUGAUGAAACAAAAUCGACAGAGGAGUACACUGAUCAAGUCCCAAGCAGCGAUGACGUUAUUUGCGAUGAAUUUCAAAAAUCAAGACCAUCGAGUUGCAGUUCUACUCCAAGCAAUAAUAUUCCUCUAAUGCGUAUAGUGCAAAGUGUUAAACAUACAAAACGACGCGGUUCAAAAGUUUUAAAAGAGGGUUGGAUGGUACAUUUUACAAGUCGUGACCCAGUGAGAAAAAAACAUUACUGGCGGCUUGAUACAAAAGCUAUAACAUUAUUUCAAAGUGAAAGUAGUUCCAAAUAUUAUAAAGAAAUUCCAUUAGUUGAAAUAUUGUCUAUAGAAACAGCUAAAACAUCUCGUUCGCAAACAAUGCAUUGUUUUGAGUUAAAAACUGCCAAUAUUGAUUAUUAUGUUGGAGAAGAUUCUUCAUACGGAGAUAAUUGUAGCCAAGUUCCCUCACCAGAAAGUGGUGUUGGAGCACAUGUAGCCAGAUCGUGGGAAACAAGUAUUAGACAAGCACUUAUGCCAGUAACUACUGUAUCAGCUAAUCAAGAACAGUCCACAGAACCCGAAGAAAAUGUAACAGAUAUGUCUCAGUUGUAUGAGAUUUUCCCAGAUGAGGUGUUGGGUUCUGGCCAAUUUGGUACGGUAUAUGGAGGUGUCCAUCGUAAAAGUGGUCGAGCAGUUGCCAUAAAAGUUAUCGAUAAGUUACGUUUUCCUACAAAGCAAGAAGCACAACUUAAGAAUGAAGUUGCUAUUUUACAAAAUCUUUCUCAUAGUGGAGUUGUAAACUUAGAACGGAUGUUUGAAACUCCAGAACGAAUAUUUGUAGUGAUGGAAAAGUUAAAAGGUGAUAUGCUGGAAAUGAUAUUGAGUUCAGAACGUGGUCGCCUCAGUGAACGAAUAACUAAAUUCCUAAUUACGCAGAUAUUAGUAGCAUUAAAACAUUUACAUAAUAAAAACAUAGUACAUUGUGAUUUAAAACCUGAGAACGUGCUGUUAAGUAGCGACAGCGAAUUUACACAAGUAAAAUUAUGUGAUUUUGGUUUUGCUAGAAUCAUAGGAGAAAAAAGCUUUAGAAGAAGCGUUGUAGGUACUCCAGCAUAUUUAGCACCCGAAGUUUUAAGAAAUAAAGGUUACAAUAGAUCUUUAGAUAUGUGGAGCGUUGGUGUCAUUAUUUAUGUAUCUUUAAGCGGUACAUUCCCAUUCAAUGAAGAAGAAGACAUUAAUGAACAAAUUCAAAAUGCUGCUUUCAUGUAUCCACCAAAUCCUUGGCAGGAAAUCUCAUCUGAUGCGAUUGACUUAAUUAAUAAUUUACUACAAGUAAAGCAGAGAAAGCGUUUUACCGUAGACAAAAGUUUACAACAUGUGUGGCUUCAAGACUAUCAAACAUGGUGUGAUUUACGAGAACUAGAAGCAAAAGUAGGAUAUCGUUAUUUGACCCAUGAGAGUGACGAUGCUCGAUGGCUAGCGUAUGGUAAUCAACGCACAUGACAGAACUUCCCGCCUACAUUAAACAUCGAAACAUUGCCAAAUAAUUUGUCGAUAUAUAAAGGCUGGGCUCGUAACGCUCGAGCUACACUGCGACGUUUUAUUCGUGCCUGAUUUGAACAGAUAUAUGGAAGGAAGUACAACUUUAUCUUUCAUUGUAGAUAUAAAAAGAAACUAAUUAAUAGAACAUUUAUAAGCGUAUCUUCUAAAACGUUUUACUUAGCGGAUAAGAAUUUUACUUAAAUGAUAUUUGAUUAGACUGCAAUAUGUAAGAUAAAACACUGAACAAAAGAUUAUAGCAAAAAAGCGAUAGCAAUGUCUGUAUGAAAGUUCUUGAGGAAUUUUAUGAAUCAACUUGAACAUGUUUUAAUACAGUGAGAUUCUCUCAAUAAGGUUUCAAUGCUAUUAAGAUAUUACGAGAAAUGUUUCAAGAAAUAAUAGAUAUAGUACAAUUGUGACAUUUCUAAUUAUUUUUUGCUGCGAGAUAAGUAAUGUUUCAUGUUGUUUUAUCAUUUUAAUACCGAAUACUUAAUAUUUUAUAAGUAAUUCAUAAGUACUAAUCUCUUAACAUGAACAUGUUCUUCAGCUUAAUGAUAGAAUCUAGUAUAUAGCAUGUUUUAUAAUUGCGCAAAUAUUGCUUACAAUUCAAUAAUUAAAUUUAAAUAGUACAUAAUAGUAUGUACAAGCGUAUAGUGGAGUUUCGCUAUAUUGUCUCAGACAAAGCCGUAAGAGCCGAAAAAAUGAUAGUCAUUUUCUUUCAUACAAUACUUGAUUGUUAAAGUCUUGCUAUCAACAUAUUGC